AUGACUUAUCCGUCGCACAUGAUGGCCGUUCUGCCCGAGAUCCCCAACCCUCCGCUCUCCUACUCGGUCCCUGCUUUUCUGCUGCUUCUGUUCAUGACAUACUACCUCUCUACUGCCAUCUACUGCCAUUUUUUCUCCCCACUCCGGCGCUUCCCUGGCCCGCCUACCACUUCUUUCUCAUAUCUCUGGCUCUGCAAGGUCCACCGCCCGGGCCGCAUGGCCGACUACUUCACUGCUGCCAACUCCAAGUACGGCCACAUGUCCACCAUCCGAGUUGGCCCCAACGACCUCAUCACGUCGGACCCGGAGGUGAUCAGACGCACCUCAGGGGCUCGGUCCAAAUACUCCAGAUCCGACUGGUAUAAACAGUCCCGGCUCGAUCCCCUCACCGACGCCAGGUUCACGACCUUGGACACCAAGUACCACGACGAGCUCAAGGCCAAGCUCUCGGCUGGGUACGCGGGGAAGGAUGUGCCGAAUUUGGAAGGGGAUAUUGACCUCAAACUGCGACAAGUGAGAGAGGUACUUGAGCGCAAAGUCGAGCAGGGAAAGACGAUCGAUUUGGCCAGGUUGAGCUCACAUUUCACCUUGGAUAGUAUUUCGCGGAUUGCGUUUGGUCAUGAGGCCGACUUUGAGAUGGUACUGACCGAGGGAGCGGAUAAGCACGGGGUUGAUUAUCUGGGAUUAGUGGAGAGACAUGCUCCAAAGUCGGUUGCAAUAUCGUCGGCUCCCUUGUUGAGGGGGUUGUUUGCAAAUGAUCUUACUCUGAAAUUGAUCGGGCCAAAAGCGACGGACAAGGCGGGUUUGGGGUUGCUGAUGAGACUGGCUCGGAUGUUGGUGGGGGAGAGAUUCGGAGAGGGGGCAGAGGACAGGAAGGACAUGUUGGGCUCGUUUGUACGACAUGGUCUCUCUCAGCGAGAGUGCGAAGCCGAGGUCUUGAUCCAGAUCGUGGCCGGCUCUGAUACAACCGCUACCGCCAUUCGAGCGACAAUGCUAUAUGUCAUGACAACGCCGAGGGUGUAUCGAGCUCUGCAGAGAGAGAUUGAUGAGGGCAUCAAGAGCGGCAAGAUCUCGAAUCCAAUCACAGCCGCCGAAGGUGCCAAACUACCAUACCUGCAGGGAGUCAUCUACGAAGGACUUCGUCUCUACCCCCCCUUCACCGGCAUCCCGUUGAAGGUGGUCCCCCCCGAAGGUGAUACCAUCGACGGCAAAUUUGUGCCUGGUGGGACGAGAAUUGCAGCAAGCUUCUGGUCAACAGGACGGCACAAGGGCACCUUCGGGGAGGAUGCGGACCUUUUUCGACCCGAGAGGUGGAUCGAGGCCGCGGCUCAGAACGAGAAGAAGUUUGUCGAGAUGAAGAGAGUGGCUGAACUUGUAUUCGGGUAUGGACGAUGGGGGUGUCCUGGAAAGACUGUCGCCUUUCUUGAGUUGAACAAGAUUUUCGUCGAGGUAUGUUUGUUUUGUGCUACCCCUCCUUGCAGAUCAUCGGGAUGCGAGACUGAUACACGGGACUUGUUUGCCAAUGGUAGCUGUUGCGGCACUUUGACUUCCAACUUGUGUACCCUUAUGAGCCGUGGAAAGCGCACAACUACAGCCUGUGGCUACACAGUGAUAUGUGGGUGA